AUGGAUUCUCAGGAUACAACCAGAUCAGGAUGGCACCAAAGGACAAGGAAAAAACGACUUUCAUCACAUUAUGGGGGACUUUCUGCUAUAAAAGUCAUGCCAUUCGGACUAAAAAAUGUCAGAGCCACUUACCAAAGGGCUAUGGUAACCCUUUUUCAUGACUUAAUGCACAAGGAGGUUGAGGUUUAUGUCGACGACAUGAUCGUUAAGUCGCGAAAUGAGAAAGACCAUGCGUUAAACUUGGAAAAAUUGUUCGAGAGGCUCCGGAAGUGCCAAUUGAAGUUAAAUCCUGAAAAAUGUACCUUCGGUGCUACGUCCGGGAAGCUAUUGGGGUUUAUAGUGAGUGAGAAAGGGAUUGAGGUAGAUCCUGACAAGGUCAAAGCCAUUCGAGAGAUGCCUAGCCCAAAGUCUGAAAAGGAAGUGCGAAGCUUCUUAGGUAGGCUCAACUACAUUGCUCACUUCAUAUCUCAAUUAACCACCACUUGCGAACCCAUCUUCAAGCUGCUGAGAAAGAACAACCCAGAAAAGUGGAACAAAGAGUGUCAAGUGGCCUUUGAAAAAAUAAAGGAGUACCUUUUGAAUCCCCCAGUACUAGUGCCACCAGUACCCGGAAGGCCUUUAAUCUUGUACUUGGCGAUUUCAGAAAACUCCAUGGGUUGCGUAUUGGGCCAGCAUGAUGAGACCGGGAGGAAAGAAAGGGCCAUUUAUUACCUUAGUAAGAAGUUCACAGAUUAUGAGUCUAAGUACUCUGAUCUGGAAAAAACAUGUUGCGCUUUGGUAUGGACGGUCAGUAGGCUGAGGCAAUACACCUUGUAUUACUCCACCUGGUUGAUCUCCAAAAUGGACCCAAUCAAGAAAGCUAUCAAAGGUAGUGUCAUUGCCGAAUACCUAGCUGAAAGAGCCGUGGAGGAUUACCAACCUAUGGAGUUCGAAUUCCCAGACCAAGAUAUAGACUCCCUAACCCAAGGAGAAGAAGACCUCGAAGAAUGGAGGAUGUUGUUCGAUGGGGCAGUCAAUGUUUGGGGACAUGGGAUAGGUGCGGUGCUCAUAUCUCCCGAUGGGAAACAUUAUCCAGUGGUAGCUAAGCUCAUCUUCCCUUGUACUAACAACGUAGCCGAAUACGAGGCAUGUAUAUUGGGUUUGCGGACUGCUUUAGAUCGGGGUGUCAAGCGACUAAUAGUAAGAGGAGACUCGACCUUGGUCAUCCACCAGCUAACCGGAGAAUGGGAAACCCGCGAUUCCAAGCUAGUACCGUAUCGAGAGUAUAUUCAAAAGAUGAUAGAAGGGUUUGACAGUAUUAGUUUCUCUCACACGCCAAGAGAAAACAAUGUAAUGUCUGAUGCACUAGCCACACUGGCAGCUUUAUUCAAGGUAGAAGAAGGGGUGAAGAUCGAAACUAUUCAGAUCAGAGUACAACCCGAACCUGCCCACUGCACGGUAAUAGAGGAGGCCGACGGAAAACCGUGGUUUUAUGAUAUCAAAACCUACAUCCAAAAUGAGUAUCUUGAAGGGGCAGCCAGUAAUGAUCGAAGGACUAUCAGAAGGUUGGCCAUAGGUUUCUUCUUAGAUGGUGAAAUUUUGUACAAAAGAAAUUAUGACAUGGCCCUCGUACGGUGUGUAGAGGCACAGGAGGCCCGACAAGUCAUGCAUGAGGUUCACGAGGGGGUCUGCGGUACCCAUGUCGGAGGCCACUCAUUGGCACGAAAAAUACUUAGGAGCGGGUAUUAUUGGAUGACCAUGGAGAAAGAUUGCAUUAACUACGCCCGAAAGUGCCAUAAGUGCCAAGUUUAUGGUGAUCGGAUCCAAGUCCCACCGGCCCCACUUCAUGUUCUCUCCCGCACCUUGGCCCUUUUCAGCUUAAGGCAUGGAUAUGAUUGGGCCAAUAAGCCCAAAGGCUAG